AUUAUUUUGAUUUCUAACGAGUCGAUGGCUCGUGCACCGCAUCGUAGUGGGCCUCUGAAACAGCAGAAUAAAAAGCAUAAAGGAGCUAGGAAAUCUUCCGAUAAAAACCCAAAGCCACACCGCGUAACAAAAAACAAGAUACUGAAUAAGGACCAACGGCGCUUACUCUCCAAGCAACUCCGCAUACAAAAGAGAUUAGAGGUAAAAAAUCUCGAAGCAUCUCGUGGGACUAAGGGAAAUCCUAUAGCCUGCGUAUUGAUUCCUUUAUCGUCCUCAAUACCUACACACUUAGCCCAACUUUUAUUUCAAACGUGUGAACCAAAUACUGAGGUUAUAAAAAAACCAGAUUGUUUGCAAAAUGUAGUCACUAUUCGCUCUCAAAUCCUCAAUAAAUACUUUAAUCUCAUUUGUGCUUACAGUGAUGAUCUUUUUGGUUGUCUUGAUCUCGCCAAUUUCGCAGACUGGCUUAUUCUUUUAGUUCCAAGUAAUCCCUCAGAAAUUCCUGAUUCUGUUCAUGAGUUACUCACUGCCAUAUAUGCUCAAGGUUUUACAAAUGCUUCCUAUGCGGUUCUUUCUUCCAAUUCAAAUCUUAAAGAGUUAAAACAGAUUCUGGAGUAUAGGUUUCCAGUCCCCGAAUCGACGAUUCACCAACUAAAUUCAAGCGCCAAUGCUCUAAACCUCCUACGGCAUAUUGCCUCAACCAACCCGUCAAGUUUCCAUGUUAAGGGAAAGAAUGCAAAAGUGGCUGGACAGUCUACAGUGGCGCAUACUGGAGCACGCUACCGAACGCGCUUACUUGUUGACUCUAUUGAACUAAUAUCUAAAAAUAAUGCUCAUGACGAUAUCACAAAAUCCGAGGUAUCAGUCUGUCUUCGUGGCCGCCUACAUGGAGCGCCAUUGAUUUUGUUCGAGGAGUUGGAGCAAAAUGGUUCUGUACUCGUUGGCCCUCAUGUGCAUUUGACUGGUUGGGGUGAUUUUCCUUUGAUAGAGGCUAAAUGGAUUGAUAACUAUCACUUACAACAGACGUGGCAGAUCUCAGAUCUUAACACCGUUGAAAAUAUAUCAACAAAAUACAUACCUCCAUCUACGUCAGUCAAUCUCACAAACGAGAAUGAAGAUUGUGAGGAGGACUCUCUGUCAGAUGAAAUGUCUGUUGAUGAUUCACGGGAGUCAACAAGUGAAAACCAAUGGAAUGCAUCGGAAGCGAUAUCUGAUCAUUUAGAAUCUGAGUUAUCUGGAAAUUCUGAUAUAGAAUGUGCUUCGAUAGCAAGUCAUACCGCUCAUACAAUGGCAGCCAGCGCUACCUCUACGUUCUCAUCUGCUCAGUUAGCAAAAUUCCGGGCUGCCAGAAUGGAAGAAAUGUUUCCGGAUGAGGUUGAAACCCCUUCAAAUAUACCUGCUAGUGAACGGUUUGUAAAGUACUGUGGUCUUCCUCGUUUCCAAGGUAGCGUGUGGCCAGCUGAAAAGAAUUGGUUACCCAAACAUUAUCAAAAUAUCGCCUGCUUCAGAAACUAUCACCGUAAUAGGCGUACUAUGAUUCGUUAUAUUGAACAAAAAUUAGCAGACUUCCAAUCAGCAUAUAAAUCAACAGGGAACGUCUUCAAGUACAUCCCAUCUGGUGUAGAUGUCGAGCUUCUGCUACAGCCUGUUUCACGGGAUCUUGGUGAAUCGAUAUUGUCUCACCACACGUUCCCUCAACCUAACGAAGCCAGAAAACCUUCUGAUCCAAGACCUCAUCCACUUAUAGUUUGGUCACUCUUACCUCACGAAACUCAAAUGUCAGUCUGCCAUUUUACAAUGUUUCGGCGUGCUUCCGCUAUCCACGCUGUUUCAGAUUUGGUGGUUAUUGCAAACGCUGCAAAUAAAAUUACUGAGUCAUCAUCAAAAGAUAAUGGGAUUUGUGCACUAGAGUUUGGUGAGGAGGCUUCAACACAGGUAGAACGAGAAGAUAAAUCAAUACAUGAUGCCCUCAUUAGUCACCGUUACAAAAUCGACGGGAGAAAAAGUGGAAAAGCGCUAUACGAUCCAAAGAUGCCUAUACCUCUUGAAGCGGAACCAAUUAAAUCGAAAGAUCUGAUGCUUAUUCAGGCUGGGAUUCGGCGUUUUGUGGCAGCUCCGAUUUAUUCUACACCAAGUAAUCCUCGUGAAAAAGCUAAAUUUGAGUCGUUUUUUCCUGCUUCAGAAAGUUCCACUGUAGCGACUGUUUAUGCACCAGUGAUGUAUUCUCCUGUUAAUGUUUUACAGUUUAGGAUCAGAGUAACAGAGGUAUUUUAUUGAUAUAUUUUUGUUUAAUAUCAGAAGGGGUUUUGUGUAUAUUAUAGUAAUUUUAAUAGUUGAAAUCCUGAGUCAAUCAGGAGUCCCAUAGUAGGACGAAACGGCCGUCAAGUGCUUCCAGCUUUUCCAUAGUGGUCUAGCUUCAAUUGACUCAUGAUCUCAACUAUCAAUAUUUUUGUCUGUUGUAUGUAUUCACACUCUGGAUUUCUAUCCGACCCCAACCUUUAGUUUGUAUGAAUUCUGGGAUAAUAUGAAACUUCAGUUUCAUAGUAGUAGCACGUUCAUCUAGAUCCAUGUUUCCUUUGUUGAAAAAACAUUAAAGAGAAAAUAACCUGGCCAUUUUUUACAUACCAAGCUUCUAAUUUUUAUUUAUCACGUUCAAACAAUGUGCUAGAACUAAAACAUGCUGAAUCUAUAUUUAUUUAUGUUUAAGGCCCUUAUUAUGAGUCAAUAAGUAUAUGUGAUUUCAGUUAAUAAUAUAGCUAAGUGACCCAUAGUCGUAUAUCGCACAGUUAAUAAUAGAUAAUAAGGUUGUAUCUAAUUUGGAGUCUACGUCACACCAACUGCUAAGUUCAUUUGAACGACAGUGACUUCUUAAAAUAAUCAGGAUUCUUUGUGUAUAUCACAGAAGGGUUGCAGUGUACACGCUUGAGUUGCGCUUAGCGAUUAAACAGUUGAUAAUUUCUCCGUUAUGUUGAUAUAUGGGGACUUCCUCUCAGGCUCUACAUUGUGCUUGACUGAAUACAAACCGUGAAAAGUCCCAACCACUAUACUAAAUAUGGUGUAAAAACAUAUCUGUUCACAACUAAUCAGUAACAAGCAUUACCUGUAGAACGGAACCCGUUGGACUAAAUCGAAGCUAACUGAAACCUCCCAUAGCAAAACUGGGAAUAAACUGAAUGGCAGUCUCCUCCAAUUAAAUUAUACGAUGUGACAUUUGGUCAUUUCCCAGCUGUUGGAAUAAUCAAACUUUGAAAGACUAUCAUUUGACUCAAUUAAAAUGUCAAUAUUCAUCAGCGUUUACAAAAUCUUUUCUGCAUACACUAGUAUUUUUGUUGUUGACACAGCUGGACUGAGUACUGACGCAUUUACUUAUUUUGUAGGAUGAAGACGGGGAACUAUCUUCACCAUACGUCGGUGAAUUGGUGGCAACAGGGUCUCUGAGAUCAGUCGACCCCAGUCAUUUAAUUAUCAAGAGGAUUUUUUUGUCAGGUCAUCCAUACAAGAUUAAUCAGCGUCAUGUAGUUGUCCGAUAUAUGUUCCACAAUCCAGCGGACGUGCUUCAUUUCCAGGUAAUCCUAUACAGUUAUCCCCUAACUCUAUUGCGGGGGGGGGGGCUGAAAAACCCUUUCCUACUUAGCGCCUCGAUCUAGAGGAUUUAUCAUUCAGCUCAACAGCUGGUAAAUAAUUUUAAUUCCCCUAGUAUCCAACAUGCUAGUCGCCUUUUUAAAAUGAUAUUCUGAGUGGUAUUAAAUUUGUGUUUUACUUUUCAUUUCAGCCUAUACAGUUGCAAACAAAGAGCGGAGCUGUUGGGCAUAUAAAAGAACCUGUUGGAACUCAUGGUCAUAUGAAAUGCGUUUUCGACCGACCUAUUCUAGCAAACGAUGUAGCUUUAAUGCCUUUGUACAGGCGAGUGUUUCCAAAAUAUGUUUACGAACCAGUAGUUUCUAAAUACCUCGACAAUAAUGAUAGAAGCAAUGAUUGUGUUGUCGCUGACAGCGAUCACUCCAGAUAUGUAAGCUCAGAUGUACUUCAACUAAGAAAAAAAAAUAUUUCCAGUGCUUCACAGGAGAAAAUGGACCAAGACGAAUCAGCCUUAUUUGCUUAAUAUAAUUUGUGAAUAU